AUGAGUAUGAGCGCGGGGUUUGAGAGUUCGAGGGCCGGCUAUAAAGCGUUUGCUUUACUGUCGCGUUGCAGCAAAAAUUAGGUUUUCUGGAACAUCAGAUGGCCGUGGGCGAGUUUGAGGAGUUCUUGCGAAAUUUUGCUGGUUUUACGGCCUUGUUUUUGAGCGUCAUGAAACGCGUCACAUGAAGCUUUAGAGGCAUCAUUUUGAGGGGAUUACUUGUAAAAAUGAGGUUUUUCGACUAACAGGGGAAGUACUUCAAGUGUGACGCUCAGAUUUUCUUUAAAUUUUGCACACACAUCGGGUAUGGACUAAAUAUCAAUUCCUGAAAGUUUUAGCUCGCGCUUUGCGGGCGCCGCCGAGAUAUUGAACGAUUUUUGCCGCCGAGAGAGCACGCUCAACGUGGAGAGCGGUCAGAGAGAAAACCGCUUUUUGGCCAUAACUUUGGCAGUUUCGUGCGGAAAAAUUUGAUUUUUUGUAGAAACAUUAUUCUUUACGGUUGAAAUAGGCAUGAAACUUUUCGUGCCGAAAUUCGGCAAAAAGUCCCAAAUUUUCGCCGACUUUCGAUCUAAAAAUCUCGGUUGUUUCUGCAAAGCGCGAGCUAGGAUUCCCGCAUAUAUCUUAGAAAAAAUUAUUCUAAAUUUGUGCCAAGUUUCAUCAAAAUCUGAGCGUCACACUUCAAGUACUUCCCUUGUAAGUUCUUUUUCCAACCGGAGUUUUUUGCCUUGAAGGGCCAUUGGAGUGCAAAAAAUAUUGUUUUCGCCGAAAUAUGUGAUUUUCUUAAAUUUGACGGAAUGUCACAAAAAUUAUUGGAAAUUUUAUUUUUCACAUUUCGCAGAAACUAAAGAAAAAUCUUGAAUUUUUAACUUCUACAUUUACUAUAUAGACACCAAAAAACAAGAACUACAUUUUGCUUCUAUUCGAUGGUGACAUUUUAUACGAAAAAUUUUUAUUUUUAUUCUCCAACGUUUCCUGCAAAAAAAAAUUAAGUUUUCCGAAACCUUACUAAAAAUUGUAUAGAUUCCACUUCCAUAAAUAUAAUUCCAUCUAGGGAAUAUCACAAAUCCGCGGAUAUUUUCCGUAAAAUCCCCCAAAACAGCGUUUUUUCGGCCGUUUAAUCUUAUUUUCCACCCCCUUUUUUGCGGCUCGUCCCAUUUGGUUUCUUCCUUCUGGUCUAGGCCUAAUUUUAGCUCAUUAUUUCCGACAAACUGCAUCCAAAAACUUCGACAUUCUUUUAUUUAUUUGUUGUUUUCGACGGGAAAUUGCGAAAAAGCGGCUUUAGAUACUUUUGCGAAGCAGUUAAUGGCGCUGUUUACCGACCAGAGGGUUGUAAUUAAAAUUCUAUCAAUUAUUUAUUACUCUUUUCGAUCCAAGUUGGACGAAAAUUGCCGAAAAACACUGAAUUAGGGCUUUUUCAGUAGUUUUCAGGGCUAAAUUUUAUACUGCGGCCUUUCAAAUUUAACAGUGUUGUAGCCGAAUACCAAUUUUUGUUUUUUAGACCUAAUUAUAGCGCAAUACCAUAGUAUUUUGACCCUUUUUUGUCAUGAGAUUUUCUCAUUUUUCAGCCAAGAUAAUAAUGACCUCAUUACUUAUGAGAAUAUGUUGCCAUUUUUGGCCUAAUGGAACCGUUCAUUAGGCAAAUAGAAAAAAUAUUUUUUGUUGUGUCCAAAAAGGUUGUUUUGGAAGAUGAAAAAAAAUUUGCAAAUUAUACGAAAAGCAGAUACGAAUCCAUGGAAAAAUUUUUAAAAAAUUAAAAUGUGACGUCAUCUAACACAAUUUUUUGAUAUUUUUUUAUUGCUUUUGGAUCUAACAAGAGAAGUACUCCAAGUGUGACGCUCAGAUUUCCCUUAAAUUUUGCACACCCGUCGGGUUUGGACUAAAUAUCAAUUCCUGAAAGUUUUAGCUCGCGCUUUCCAAGCGCCACCGAGAUAUUGAACCAUCUUUACCACCGAGAGAGUACGCUCAACGCAGAGAGCGGUCAGAAAGAAAAACACUUUUUGGUCAUAACUUUGCCAGUUUCGUGCGGAAAAAAGUGAUUUUUUGUGGAAACAUUACCCUCUAUGGUAUAAAUAGGCAUCAAACUUUUCGAGCCGAAAUUCGGUAAAAAAUUCCUAAAUUUUCGUCGACUUUCGAUCUAAAAAUCUCUGUUGUUUCUGCAAAACGCGAGCUAGGAUUCCAGCAUAUAUCUUACAAGGAAAGUACUUCUAUGGGGUGUGGAAUUACCGGUCGAGAUAUAUAUCAAAAAAUUCGCAAAAAUUUUCUGAUUCAGAAUAUAUAUAAAUUAGCUGCCUAAUUUUGGUCUGAUGACACGUUUUUGUCCUCAGAAGUUUUCUCGCGACACCAUGCAAGUGUCUUUUUGACCGUGUUUUUAACAAUAAAAAAAUUUUGUUUUGUGCUAAACUAAAUUCUGAGGCCUUGACAAGCCUUAAAAUAUCAAAUUGGAUUACAACUACACCUUAAAAGUAGUUCCAAUGUAAAAAAUGGGUUCUAGUGUGGCAAAAAGAAUCGAACCCGUUUCCCUCGGAUUUCCAAGCCAGCGCUCUAACCACUCGGCCACACCGCUCUCUUCCGAAGGAAGAGACCGGGCGCGCUUUUGUUGCCGCAGAUUUUUUUCCUCGAGAAAAACAUUUAUUGAAAAAACUCGCUGAUAGACCAAAAUUAGGCAGCUAAUUUAUAUAUAUUCUGAAUCAGAAAAUUUUUGCGAAUUUUUUGAUAUAUAUCUCGACCGGUAAUUCCACACCCCAUAGAAGUACUUUCCUUGUUAGAAAAAAUUAUUCUAAAUUUGUGUCAAGUUUCAUCAAAAUCUGAGCGUCACACUUGGAGUACUUCCCCUGUAAGUCGAAUUUUUUUUAAUGACUUUUAUUUUUUUAAUGAUUUUUUUGUCGUAAAAAUAUUAAAAAUCUUAAAAAGUUUAGUGAAAUUAAUUUUUCCCAUUUCCUCUCUUCUCCGCCCAAUUUUUUCAUUUUCCUAAAAAGGUUUGGAGUGGCCAUGAGAAUUAUGAUUUUCGAGCGUUUUUCCGUUGCUUUGUUUGUUUUGGUCACUUUCCCUGAGAUUUGUUUUUUCUCCGCACCCAAAGGUCACGCUUUAUAAAAAUCCCCCUCUUUGUCCUCGCAUUCACGCUUUUAUAAGUUCGAAUUGGUGAUUUUUGUGAGGGAUUUUAUCUUGAUUAAAAAAAUGGAAAAAAAUUUUUUUUGGCUUUUUCAAUUUUGAGAUUUUUUGAUUUUUCGUAUAAAAUGUCGCAGAAUGGAGCUUGAUUUUUUUAAUUUUUUUUGGCUUUUUUAUAUUUUAUUAAGAUUUUUUGAUUUUUUGGUAUAAUUUUUUUGUGAAUUUUAAUGAAAUUUAAGUCAAUUUUUAUAUCUCAUUUUUACAUUUUUUUCGAUUUUUGUCACCAUUAAAGGCAAAUUUUUUCAAUUUUUUGUCCUUCCGAAAUUUCCAUAUUUUACAUUACUUUUAAAAAAAAAUAAUUUUUCCACUUUUUCACUUUUUCAUUUUUAUUUAUCGUGUUGAAAUGUGCGCAAACAUGAACCCAAACAAAGCCUAAUCCCUGUUCUCUUCGCAGCCGUAUUGGCGGGUUUGGGCUCAUCGUCAAUUGCCAAUCCCUUCUUUGAAGGGCCCUUGGCCGAGGUCGCCGCUCUCUCCAAUCCGGCGGCCUCACCGAGGAUUCAGAAUUCACGUUCCCGACUCGACUCCGCCACCAGCAGUUGCUACAUGGCCUUCAAUGAGUUGGCGUUGAGGCCGGACGAGUAAGUGAAAAAAAAUAAUUUUUUUUGGGAUUUUUUGAAUUUUCAGGGAGCUUAAUUAAUUUUUUUUAAAUUUUUUAACUUUUGAAAAGCCCCAAAAAAUAAUCCAGCAACCUCAAAGUCCACGUAUUUUACUCUAAACUGUCUGAAAAUUUGCUUAUCCAAAGAAAGUAAGAAACAAAUUACCUCGGAACCGGAUGUUCGAGGAAACUUUUUAUUUUUGGCCGUUUUUCGAUGAAGAGGGAUGGGUUCCGCGAAUCAAUCGCAAAAUUGCAACAUUUUCUAGAAGGUUCUAGAGCCUCAAAGAAGGAAACUUGCGGUGGAGCAGAUAUAGGGACCGUCCUAAAAUUUGAUAUUUGAUUUUUUCAUUGUUUUUGAUUAAUCGGCAUACUGGAGACGCUAUGAUUUUGAUGAAGCUGGGGCAUAGAUUUGGACAAAAAAUUAUUUUUUUAUUGUCUGGCAUCUGUCAGGUUUUCAGGUCGCGGUUUUCAAAAAUAAGCGAUUUUUUUGCUGAAAAAAGCGAUGGCUUUAUAAAAAAUAAAAAAAUUGAAGUGCAAGAAUGACAGAGAUAUAGCCAAAAAAGGGUUAUUCGUCUCGGGACUCCCCGCAUUUCACAUACCUUCUAUCCCACAAAGAUCUUGGAAUUUCUAUGCGACAUUUACGCAGCUCGAGCUAAACCUUUUAGGCACUGAUUUGCAGCCAUUGCAGAACUAGUACGGCAAAAAAUCUUACAGGGGAAGUACUCCAAGUGCGACGCUCGGAUUUUGAUGAAACUUGGAACAAAUUUAGACCAAUUUUUUCUAACAUAUAUGCGAGAGUCCUAUCUCGCGCUUUGCAGAAACAACCGAGAUUUUUGGUUCGAAAGUCGGCGAAAAUUUAAGACUUUUUGCCGAAUUUCGGCACAAAAAGUUUCAUGCCUGUUUCUGCCGUAAAGGAUAAUGUUUCUACAAAAAAUCAAAUUUUUCCGCGCGAAACUGCCAAAGUUAUGGCCAAAAAGCGUUUUUCUCUCUGACAGCUCUCCACGCUUAGCUCUCGGCGGCAAAAAUCGUUCGAUAUCUCGGCGACGCCCGCAAAGCGCGAGCUAAAACUUUCAGGAAUUUAUAUUUAAUCCAUACCCGACGUGUGUGCAAAAUUUAAAGAAAAUCUGAGCGUCGCACUUGGAGUACUUCCCCUGUUAGGAAAAUUUGAGCAUUGCACUUCGAAUCCACGUAAAUUUUUUUUGUGUUUUCUGCAGUAUUCUUGACUGUUUUUUCCUAAUCCAUGAACGUCUAUUUCCCUCGUUCUCUGCAAACACCCGCUAACCCGGGCCCAAAACUAUGUCAUAACUCAAAAAUAUUCGGUUGUAGUCAUGUUGUUCCCCCCUCCCUCCCCUUUUCCCCCAACGCGCAUUCCUCUUGCCCGGAGGGCAAAGAACAUUUAGGGGUAGAUCCCGAAAUCGUUUUUAUAAAAGAGCCGAAAUUGGGCCAAGGAUUUUUUUUGUGUGCUGGGAAGAGUCGCUUUGGGUUUGGGUAAGACGGGAUUUUUAUGGAGUGAGCGCCGGAUUUCAAGAUUUAGGCCGUUUUUUGGGAGGGGAUUCGAAAGAUUCAAGAGUUUAGUUUCUUCCGAAAGUCUGUGUUGUAUAUUUAGAUAAAAAUAAGUUCAGAAAAAAAGUUGUGGGAUUGAAAAUCUGUUUUUAAAAUACGUUCUUUCCCCCUAACGAUGAUUUUAUAAUUUGUUUGGUAAAACAGCAAAUUUUUUUGUAAUUUUUGAAAAUUUUGUGGCCGACCUAGGCCAAUUUCCAAUUCCUGAAAAUUUUAGCUUACAAUUUAAAGCACGUCUGAUACAUUCAACGACAUUUGCUGAAAAAAAGACUGCAGAAAAUGAGGAGUGACGGUUAGAAAAAAAAGUUAUUUUUACGGUAUUUUUUUCUGAAUUUUGAGCAGAAACGUUGCAGUCUAACCACAUCUAACCUCUAUAUCGCAAAAAAUCGCCAAGAAACCCAAAAAAAUUUAUUUGUGACGGAAGGGUUUCGUUAUUUUGAGGUUAUUUUGGCCUAAAGUCGACUCUCCGCAACUCAGAAUGUGUUGUAGAGAGGCUUCGUUGUACCGAGGUAGCUUUUAAUAACUUGAUAGGAGGACAUUUUCAAGCCAAAAAAGUCAUUUUUUAAUACAGUUUUCGAUCGCAAAAGUCAUCGUAGUUCCAAAAAGUAACUUGAUUUUUGUAAAACAAUAAUUAGAUUUUAAAAUACGCCAUUUUUCCUGCGUCUUUUUAGGCCAUUUUUCUUGGCAUUUCAGCUCUAUUUGUUCUUCUAUGUGCGUUCAAAACAUCCGUUGGAUUUGAACCGCCAAAAGUUCUGGCAAGUGUAAAGAAAAUUCCCAGAAGAAUAGAGGAUAUUUUUUUAUCAGAUCAUAGCAUAUAAACAUUAUAAAGGAAGAGAGUGUAUAUGUAAAGAACGCUCUAUUUUUUGGCCGCGAGAUAAAUAUAUAUUGGGAAUGGAAACAAUUUUUUCAACAUUUUUUCUUUUACUGCUGUUGUAAAGCCGGGAUUUUGAUCAAAAUUAGGGCAGAAGAAGAUUUUUUCGGGCUGACACUCCUAAUUUUAUAUGCUCUCUCGGAGAAAAAACGAAAUAUCUUGCCUGCGGGUAGAGAUUUCGAACUAAAAUUUCUAAUUGUUCAUAAAUACCCUUUGAACAGAACUUUGGCCAAGUUUAAAAAGAAAUCUCAGACUCUUGCCUCUGGCAAUUUUCAUUUUUAAAAUUUUUUCCCCUCAAAAUCAAACUUAUCAUAUUCAUUUAGCCGUUUAACCCGCUCGGAAUACCAACCGAAGAUGAAAGAGACCCCCAAGUUUAAUUACGACAUGGCAUUUGAUCUCAAAGCUCUACAAAAUGCCCUAAAAUCAACCAGUUUUCUACAAGACUCCGGAUAUCGAAGUCAAUCCGAAAGUUCGCAAAAACCAUCAAUGACGGCGAGUUGCCAGCUGUACGGAACUGGUUGGAUGAUGGCUGAAGAUAUCAGUGACGACGACAGCGAAGACGAGAAUUGGGGUAGGUGGAAAUUUUAUGAGAAUUUUAUGUUUUUAUCAAAUUUGAAUUUCUCAAAAGGAAGUGGGUUUUGGUGAAAUUUAACAAAAGUUACGGUUAAAACUUUCUGACGCCUUGAGGAGAUUAUAUUUUAAGGUAUGAAACUAUCUAAAAUUCAAGAUAUUAUUGAGAUUUUUCAUGCAUAAAGCUGUCUUUGGGGCUAAAUUUCCAACUGAAGCCAUACGAUUGCUGACAAAUUUUUUUGCGGCAUUUUUCAUAGAAAACUACAGUAAUUUUUUUCGUAUAAUGCUACAAAAUUUUCUGUCAAAAAAUAAACUAUAUUUGUAAACAAUAUAUAAAUUCAAUUUUAUCCCGCGCCUACGCCGAGACUUGUCAAAACUUUUGGGAUUCAAAAAAAAAUGCUUUGCCUUUGCUUAGCCAGUAACAUUUUGACACAUUGUUUUGAUGAUCCAUCAUUCAUGAGACUGUUAUUGUCUAUGUAAAAUCUCCGAUUUUAUGGGUUGUCGGAAAGAGAAAGCCGGGAAAACUGCUUGGGUGUUUCGAAAAAGUGGAAAGUAGCCAUAAGGAAGUGAUCAAGGAGCACAUAUCGCAACAAAAAAUGAAAAGUUUGUGUUGUUAUGUUAGAGGCUAGGCCAAAAGUUUCAAAGUUAAUUUUUGAUGAAGAUUGGCGCAAAUUCAAGCAAGUUCUUUUGGUCGAAAAAUACAAAAAUUAUUUUUUUUUCAAAUUUUAAAAUGGAAUGUAUUGAAACUCUACUUUAGUGAGAGGCAAAACUUUUCCGUUACAAUUCAAUUUUUCCCAGCAAAAGUGACAAAGCUAAGACCUAAAAAUACUUUUUCUCUGACUGUCUCUCCUCAUUUUUAAUAGUCUCUCGCUCAAGAAAUUGGUGAAUAUCUCCGCUGUUCGCCGAAAACACGGGCUAAAAUUUACAACACAGUUGCCUUGACCAAUAACGAUUUUUUGGCGCAGGUGACAUCUUAUACGACGAAACAUGUUUUUUAGCUUUUGUUAAUUGCAUAACUUAAAAAAGUGGAGAAAUUUGAGUGAUUUCCAACCAUAUUCUCUUGUCUUUACAGUCUUUAACCUCUCUCUUCAACAAGCACAGUUAAACUUCGCUUUGAAAAACAACACGAAUUCCUGUGGGAGGCAUUCGUCGCGGACCGGAAACCGCCGUACUACCCGUGAGAAUAUUGGUCUCUGAUUUACGAAGACGCAUCGGCCGUCAAGAUGAACGUGAAGAUUGUCUCGAAAACGUGUCAAAGCCUAUGCAGACAGAAAAAUAUGAAUAGAUGGGUAGCCAGUUGAUAGAAUGUCCUUUCGAUGGAAAAAAGCGCGGAUUGAAAUGUCUGAGAGUGGCGUAAAUAAACAAGUUUUUCGGAGCAGUUCUUGGAAGUAAAAAUUUUGAAUAGACAUUCAAAAACAAAACUAUCAACUUUGGACAUUGUAUCGAAACAAAAAUUGCGAUUAAAAACAUGUUUCAUCGUAUAAGAUGUCACCAAAAAAUGAUGUGGCUAAAGUUGAGUUUUUGAGAAGCUUUAGCUAAGGAAUGGAAUUUACAGCCUGCUUUCCUUUGGCAGCCCUCAAAAUUCAACAAUUUUUAAGAGCGAGAGACUAUGGAAAAUGAAGAGAGACGGUUAGAGAAAGUAUUUUUAGGCCAUAUAUCCGCCAGUUUUAAUCGGAAAGAAUUGAUUUUUCGUAGCAAAAUUUUACUUCUCACGUUGAGUAGAAUGCUAAUUUUUCAGCUUGAAAAUAACAGAAAAAAGCCUAAAUUUUUCGCUUUCUAUAGGAAAAAAUUCAAAUAAAUAUCUCAAAAAUUCACCAGAAAAUUUAAAUAAUAAUUUGCCAUACCUUUCAAAAAAUCCUAACCAAAAAUAUUUUCCGUUUUUUCUCCACCAAUUUUCCGCUCACGUCAAAAGAAAAACUAUAUGAAAAAUAAUUCAUCAUAAUUUGGAAGGCGGCUGAAUAAACAUACGAAUUAAGUGGGGAAUUGAGAAAGAGACAGAGGGAUCAGGUUUGAAACUGAAGUCACAUAUGGAAGGGAUUUUUAUUCAUUUGAGAUUUGGAUUUAUUCGAUUUUUAGAGGAGUGGGGAAAGGUUCUUGUGAAAAGUGGGACUUCUAUGAAGAUAUUGGUUUUUUCAGGGGAAUUUUUAUAUUUUAUAGAUGCCGGAAGAUGUUGAUGAGAAUUCUGACAAGUAAAAAUAAAGGUUUUCUUGGGCGUACUUGAGAUUUUUGACGUGCAAAUUGUCAAAAUUAGCAAGACUUUUUGGCUAAAAAAUUUAAAAAAUCGAGAUUUUUACAAUUUUUUAACUAAAAAAAUGUUGUUGUUGUUCAUGUAUGGAAUGCAAUGCUUAUACAAGAAAUGUCUUGCGGAUCCUCUAAAUAAGUCUAAAAAUUUUUUCUGGUCGUUUCUCCUCGUUUUCCAUGAUCUCUUUUUGCGAAUUUUGUUGAAUUCUUCUUGCUGCCCUUGCAAGCAAAAGCAAAAAUUUUAUGGGACUAAUCAGUGCCGUAUUAGCUUAUUUUGUGACUUAUGACUGCCCACGUAAAAUUUACAGUAAAGGAAGGCCUUGCUUUUCUAGAUAUUCAAAUUCCAAUUUUCCCAAAUUUCCAACUUAAGCCAUCCCCUCACCUCGACUCUCUCCAUCAAUCCUAGGACACAUUGUUUGUUCAUCUUUAGUCACCACGGCGUGAGAAAAGGUUCUGUAUCCCUUUCAUGGACACAUCCCAGUUUCCCGCGAAGGAGUUUAUUUUGUUUUGGGAUUAGGCAGUAAGGUAGGGAGAGGGGAGCUCGAAUCGAAGGAGUGCGUGGGGAGACAGUAAUGUUUUCGCUGAAAAACGGAAUGACCAGCACAGUAUUGGUCAUCAGGCUGGGGUUAACUUUUUAUGGGAAGAGAUGGGGAGGCUGGUAGUGGCGUUUUUUUAGUCUAAAAGUUGGUAUAAUCGACCUUAAAAAUGGUAGGGGGAAACCAUUAGUCAAAACUGGGCAAAGGAAAGAGUUUUGGGUAAUAACGCUUUUGGAGGUAACGUGCAUACACUGUAAUUGAUACUGUUCUGAAGCUGAGAGCACAGUGCUUCUAGUGGUAAUGUCAAUGCUUGCCAUUUGUGUUAUCUACUGGUCGAUUUAUGCCUUUCUUUUAACUGAGGCCAAUUUUGAUGUCAUUUGGAAAAUAUGGUCAAUAUACUUUUAAGGCGCAUUCAAAAAAAUAUCAUGAUGGUUCAAUGAAGAGCUUAUUCAUCCUUUUCUCAACAGCGGCAUUCAAAUUUAGUUCCACUUUAACAAAUUGCGCGUUAAGCCCUUUCCCAGGAUACGAAAUUUAAUAAUAAUUUUAAUCGCGCACGCUUAAAUACAUAAUAGCCCCCGUUAACCGGAAAAGAAAGCGAAACGAAAUGUUUUCCGAGCGUCCACGCGGUAAAACAAUUUUCCUUUUGGUAUUUUUCAUCGGAAAUUUGUAUGCAUAACCAAUGUUUUGAAGGUUUCAUUUCGUUUGAGGUAUGACAAUUAUGAUUUAUUGAUUGGAAAUGCAUUUUGGGAUUUUUUUAAAUUUUUGGAAUUUUGAGAUUUUAUGGGAUUUUUUGAAAUUUUAUCGGGUAAAACAUAAAGCUCUGCUUUAUAAAAGGUCUCUGUAGGGGUGGUUAUUGUUUUUACAACGUAUUUUAAACAUAUUUUUGCCUUAUCAAUCUAAAAUACGAUUUUUUCAAAUUUUGGAAUUUUUUGGAAUUUCACAAAAUUAAAAAAAUAAAUAAAAUUUUAAGUCGUAAAAUACGUAGUAAACGAAAACUACAAUUUUUUUGUAUAUUAUGUUGCCUUUAAAAUUCGUAAAAGCCCUUGUAACGCUUAAAAUUCGUACUGUUCCCUUAUAAAAUUCGAAAAAUAAGGCAUUUCUUUUAUUUCCCUCCCGUAAAACUAUGGAAACCAAAACCUCCCGUCAUUUCCCCUUUUCCUUACACCUACGGCUUUUACUAUUUCCGAAAUCGCUUUUACAGUUCGAAGAUUUCGCUUGAGGCAUCACGUUUUCCGGCUGUAUUUGCAUAUGCGACCUGGAUAUCCGCCCACCAUGGCAACCGAUCGAAUAUCCCAUUCCGGGCGCGGAGAGGGAGGGAGGGAUGUUUGGCACCGCGUUGACCUCGGUUUCCAACCAGGUUGCUCGCUUCGGUCCUUUUAUUGUUCUGCACGUUUCUGUAAGACAAGGUCGUUUUUGUGGCCCGGGUCGAGGGUGUUUAAUUUGAAGUGGGAAAAGAUUUGUUUUUAAGGGGAGUUUUGGAUUUUUUAGGGGUUUAUAUAGGGUGUAAGGUAGGUCUCUAAGAUGGGAAUUAUGGAAGAAACAAAAAGUUGUUGGCUAUAGAGAGGUUUUGUUUUAUACAAUGAAGGCCAGAUAGGCCUAAAAGACUUAUUUUGAUAAAAAAUUGGAAAGUAAUCGUUUAAAAUUUUCUUAAUUCCGCAAAUGGCAUUUUUUUUUAAGUUGGUCAUCUUUGAAGCUUUAUAAAAACCACCAUGUUAAGCCUGACCACAUAUAGCAUACACUAAUAGAUAGCGUUUGCAACGUACUUUCAAGUGAUAUUAACAGUAGUACCAAAAGUUUAAUUCUAUCUGUAAAAAAUGCACAACUAAAAAAACGGCACGGUCAUACUUCUACGCCUAUCAAUAUCAUCUUUUUUGAUCCGUAAGGCCUUGUUUUAUCACUUUAGGACUUUUAUUUUCUAUUCUACAUCUAUAAAGUUCUGUUUUGGUCCAAAAUUUCAGUCAUCUCUCUGCAUAACAGCUUGCAAAAAUUCAAAAUUUUGUUCGAAAUAUUAGCACAGAGGUCCUUUCGGCCUAAAAUUACCUCUUCAGACCUUUGAAAUUGUAUGUUAUAGGGAGAUUUCGUAGUAGUGAAGUUCGAUACUCAAGGUAUCAAUGUCAAAUUUUACAUUAUUCUUUCGAUUUCGGAUUCAGCGUCUGAUCGUCUUACAAGGGUUUUCCGUCAUAAAGCGGCGAAAAUCGGGCGAUUAACCUCAUCGUAAUUUCCGCCUUUUGUAAUGGCACUUUCCUCUCUUCUUCUUCGCAGUUUGUGACACAAAUUUUCUCGAGCGGUGAAACUUUUCAUGGGAUUUGGAUGAACCGUUCUCGGGUCUUCUCCAACUCCAGUUGCGAGUUUUGUUUUUUCAAAAUUUAAAAAUUUUUGAGAGGUUUACUCUGAACUUUAAGGUUGCAAACUUCUAUGUGAUAAAGUUUUUUGGGGUCAAAAGGGGGUUUUCGCUCAAAAAGGUGUGUUAAAAAGGUCGUCCUUUAUGGUAAAAUACGCUGUACGAAAUUUUCUUCAAUUUUUAUACGUUUGAUCUAUCUAUGCCAUAUUUCAAGGCCAGAAAACUUUAGUUAGCUCUUUGAAAAAUAAGUCGAGAUAUUCAACAACCUUAGUAGACAAGAGACCACUGAUAGAAAAGAGUCGGCCAGAAAAAUGAUUUUUCGGCUAUGGCUAUUUGCUUUUUGGCAGAAAUGAAGACUUCUAGUGGCAAAAUUAUAUUCCACGCUUGCAACAGAAUGCCAAUAUGUUACAAAAAAUCUAAAAAAAUGCCGCAUUUUCGCAGUCCUUUGGGCUAAAAAUAUCGUUUAUUUCUGCGAAUAAAAAUCUCAUUCUUGCCUUGGACCUUGAUCUAAAUUUUUAUUCGAUUUGGCCAACAAAAAAAAAUUAUUUUUGUUUUUCAUUCUUGAUCUCACCAAAAAAUGUACAUUUUACUCUUUUAUAUACGUUAUACAGGUUUCCCAAAACACUUUUCAAAUAUUUUCCUCUCCAUUGUUUACCGUCAAUCCAACGACAAUAUCAAUAUCAAGCUCAAUUUUGCCUCCCAUCUACCGUCAAUCCACCACAACAACAUCAAUACAAAGCUCGGCGUUGCUCUCCAUUUCAAAGCCUUCCAAAAAAAUUUUCUCAACGCCAAAAAAUUCCAACGUCAGGAAUAUGUUUUCUAAUCCACUCAGUCUAUGCGACAAGUCCGUAUUUUGCGUAACGCCAAGCUCUUACUGACCAAUUCGGAGAGUUAUUGCAAGCGCGGCUUUCCGAGCCAGUCAUCCGCAAACUUUUUUUUCUGGAUCGAGAUUUCGGUUGAAUUGAAUUAAAAAAAAGAGAGAUUUCAACGAUUUUGUAAUGUUUUGCAAACUUUUUUACUUUCAAAAAAGGGUGAUGAGAGGGUAAAAAGAAAAGGAAAAUCUUUCCAGGCUGAUGCGUUUGGUUGUUUUUUUGAAAUUCACAAAUUUUACGGGCUAAAGACGUUCUUUCAGAAUUCGAAAAAAACAUCUUGCUUGAGGGGAUUUGGAGGCUUUGAAGUUUAGAAAAUACAAUUAAGAGAUUUUUAAUUUUUUGAUGACUAAAAUUCAAAAUUUUAGUGUCUUAAUUAUUUUACAAAAGAUAGUAAAUGCCUCGGGUUUCCUUAAAUAUUUUUCGGAAUCCUCCUUCUCUAAUUUAAUUUUCCUGAAAAGCCUAAUUUUCUUGGAGAACGGCCAGAUUUGUCUCAACAAUUUUCUGAACGGGUCUUUUCUGGUUUAGGAUGCUGGCCUUGGUUAUUUAGGAUAGACAAGGUUAAGAUUUUACAGGGGAAGUACUCCAAGUGCGACGCUCAGAUUUUGAUGAAACUUGGCACAAGUUUAGAGUAAUUUUUUCUAAGAUAUAUGCGAGAAUCCUAGCUCGCGCUUUGCAGAAACAACCGAGAUUUUUAGAUCGAAAGUCGGCGAAAAUUUAGGACUUUUUGCCAAAUUUCGGCACGAAAAGUUUCAUGCCUAUUUUUACCAUAAAGGAUAAUGUUUCAACAAAAAAAAAUAAUUUUUUUACCGCGCGAAACUGCCAAGGUUGGCCAAAAAGCGCUUUUCUCUCUGACCGCUCUCCACGUUUAGCGUGCUCUCUCGGCGGCAAAAAUCGUUCGAUAUCUCGGCGGCGCCCGCAACGCGCGAGCUAAAACUUUCAGGAAUUGAUAUUUAGUCCAACCCGACGUGUGUGCAAAAAUUAAAGAAAAUCGCACUUGGAGUACUUCCUCUGUUUGGUUAAAUUUAUAAUCGGUCGUUAUUAAAAAGGACGUUACGACUAAGUCAUCAUAAUUGUGGGUAUUAUUUGAACAUGGAGAUUUAUUAACAUUUUAUAAAAGCUGAAUAGAGCCAAUCUUGUCAAAAAAAGAAGAAUCAACCGUAUUUUACCUUCGAAUUUUUUACUGGUCAAGCCAAAAAGAAUUUAGGCUUUACACUUUAGGUUUUUACCGAUUUUUUUCUGACGAAGGACUAUAGAAAUUGUCUGGCGACGAGUAGCAUGAAAUUUAUGUCGACUGCGUCUAUGAAGAUCCUAAGUAAAAAAAAAAUUUUUUUCUAGAAUUUUCUACUGCAGACGGCUUUUGAAAAACACAGGCAAAAAAUCUCGGUCAUGCCUUAGAAAAUUCUAGCCUUAAUUUCUGCCAAGCCCUUGCAAAAUUUGAACGCCACCCAUUUUCAAUCUCCUCUGUUUUUCCAAUCAUAAUUUUUCUCGACCUUUCAACCCAUCUCUUUGUCCCUCAUUCCUAUAAAAAUCAGUAAAAACCCUUUUGUCCCUAAAAAAUUAUGAUUUUCCAGCAACCUUAAUUAGGAUACAAAUGUCUGUAAAACCAUUCUUUCCUCUUUUUACUUUCCAAUUACGUAAAGUAGGAUAAUAUUACUCCUCUGAAGAGGUGGUUUUCACUUCGAUUUCAACGUUUCUUAAACAAACAUUGGCGCUCUAUUACAUGAUAUUUGCUGUUUGCUAAUAACCAGUACAUGAUUUUUUAUUGUUUUUUUAUUUUAAUUUUUUUACGGGCUACUGUAAUUUUUUCACAACUCAAAAAAAAAAGAAAAAUACUUUGUAGUGCAAAUCUGGCCCCGCUGAGUCCUCAUGAAGAUGCAUAUAAAAAUCUGGAAAGUAAAAUGACCACUAUAGAUUUGAUUGACUCCAUUGAAGUCAAGCUCAAUUUUGAAGCCGAAAUUGAUGCGAAAAACGAGGAAUUCGAGCUGAAAGAGAUCAACAGUGCUGAUGAAUUGGAUAUCCCUGGUAUAAAAAUCAAAAAAAGACGCUGGAAUUUUUUUGAAUAUGCAAAUUUCUUACUAUAUAAAAUUAUUUUUUAAAAAAUUUAUAAAAAAAAAUGAAAUUCAAAAAAUAAAAAAAAUCAAACGACAUUUAAUUUUUAUCAUUUUAAAAAUAUUUUUUUUUUCAGAUGGCUAUAUGGAAGUUGCAAAUCAGCGAAUCAAAGUCCGUGAUCUCAGUCAAAUCCUGGUCUCCAGAUUUGCUUUUAUUUCUGGCCUACGGACAAAUGAGGGGAAUCCGAUUCUCACUUUCCCUGAUUCCAGAUCUCAGCUCACUUUUGAGGAAUAUCAAAUAUUGUUGGCUUAUCUUUUCCAGGUCCCUCCGUAAGUUUAAAAUUUAUUUUUUUUUCUAUUUUGAAACAGAAUUUUAAAAAUUUUGUUUAAUUUUAAAAAAAAGUGUAUAUUUUUUUCAAUUUAAAUUUUUUUUGGCUUUGGAAAAUUUAAGAUAAGAAAUAUCUUUAAAAUUUUUUAAAAAUUAAAAAAAAUAUUUUUUUUAAACAAGUUUAUAAAUUAAAAAAAAAAUAUUUUAUUUUUUUUCAGUCUCGAUGACGAAGGCGAGAAGAAAAAUAAAAAAGGAUACGUCCUGAUUAUCGACCGACGAACCGACAAAUGGUCAGCAGUUCGAGUUCUCUUCAGCUAUCUCAUGGUAUGUUCAGUUUUUUUAAUUAUCAUUUUUUUCUUUCAUUAUAAUUUUUUUUAAUUUUCUAAAUUUUCAAAAAACUUUUAAUUAUCAUUUUUUUCUUUCAUUAUCAUUCUUUUAAGUUUUUAAAAAAUUUUCAAAAAAAAAAUCAUGUUUGCCUUUGCAAUUUAUCCGACGUAAUUUUUUUUCUUUCGUAUUUUUUCGAGAUUCUUGAGUGUCCACUUGACAGCCCAAAACUUCCGUAAAUUUUUCUGGAGGAAUAUAGAGCAGAUAUAUUCCAAAAAAAAAUUAAGUGGAUUUUACGACAAGCGGUCUAAUUUUUGAAGGGUCUUGAACCAUUUUUUAAAAUCUUUAUUAUUAUUUUUCUGACUAACCGUUUGGGGUGUUAUUGUAGGUAGAAAACAAUUUUUUGAACGGAGAUUUUAAUUGAAUUAAAAAUUUCGUAAAAGCAUUAUUAAAAAACGUAAUUUUUGGUGAAAAAGAGCGUAAAAUAAAUUUUUUUCCGCAUAUAGGAUAUAUAGGUGGUAGAAGGGAGCCAAAUUCAUAGAAAAUCAAAGCUUUUUGCCUUUGGCAAUUUACUAAUAAUCUCCAAAAAUGGCUUUAAAAUGGGUUCUUUCUAGAAAAUUUUUUUUUAUUUUGCUUUUACCAUUAUGUUACAUACUAAACGAACUUUAAAAUACGCCACAGUUUGCUGCUUUCUUUGCUUAUCUGUCAAGUUUUCCCCUAAAAAUCGUAAUUUCCCUUCUUUCUUUCCUUAAUUUUACCACAUCAAAGCUCCAAAGCCAAUUAAGCGUCAAAUAAGUUUAGACAAGAUGAGGCAAACCUCUUCCCGUCUCUUUUUGCAACUCGCCUCCUUUCGCGCAUUAAUUGCAUUAAAGUUCACUCGAGUAGAGACAAAAUUCCCCUAAGCAAAUAAAACAAUUUUAUGAGGGAAAUUUCAUCGACUUCUCUUGGGAUUUCGCGGGAUUUGUGAGGAUUCUUGUCAUAAUUUUUUAUUUUUUUAUUUAUUGCGCAAACACUUUAGAGAAGUGGCUUCUGAAUACCGAAUUGUUUUUCCGAGAUCUUAUCAGCGGUUUUUGUUCGAUUUCUCAUUAAACUUUGAGACGGAUCGUUGACGGAACGGCCUUGAAAACGUUGAGAACUUAAUGAAACGGUCAUUGGAAUUGGCAUAUGCCGGUUUUUUUUGGGGCGCAAAUUGGGAGAUGGGUUGAUUUUUUGAUGAUUUUUUUGUCAUGUCGGAAAAUAGAACCCCUAAAAAUACAAAAAUGUGAUUUUUGAUAAAGCUGGGAACAAAAAUACAUUAAAAUUCUUUGUGAAAUUUUUGCUGGAUUUUUAGCCUGUUGUGUGCAGAAAAAAUUGUGAUUUUUAUGGCGAAAAAGUUAAAAAAAAUAGUUAAAAAAAAUUUUUUAAUCAAGAAGAUCAUCAUUUUGUAUAUCAUCAGUGAAAUUUAUAGCCUACAAAUUUAUAAAGACAUUUUUUUGACCAUAGUCUUCGAAAUAUUAAAAAAUGAGCUUUCCCAAUUGCUUUUUUGAAUAAAAAAAAGAGUAAUUUUCUUUAUAUUUAUUUUUUUAUUUAUCGUAUUUUGAAAUCCUUCCCAUUCCUCAAACUCCAUUUUUUUUGCAAAAUUCCCGCCAAAAAUCGGAAACCCCAAAGUUUUUGGCGUUUUCGAAACAGAUGACUUUCUGUGGAUUUAUCGCAUUUUCGAAUAAAAAAAUUUAUGAAAAUUCCAUUGACAUUUGUCGCCCCCUCCCUUUAAGCGCAUUUGAGGGCAUUAGAAAAAAGCGAAAAAAUGAUUCCCCCGGAAGGACCGGUUUACAGUUUUUUUAUUUACUCAGUUUUCGAUGAGUGAGUUAACGAGGAUGAGGUCUGCGUGAAAAGUGAAAUAAGGGGAUUGUUUUACAAAAAAUGAAUGGGAUUUUUGGGGAUUUUAGGGGUAUUUUGGAUUGGUGGAAUAAAAAAAUAUUUUUUGUUUUUUUUUGAUUUUGAAAAAAUUGUAUUUUUGGUAAAACAUUGUAAAUUUGUUUUUUAUUGUAUUUGUGAGAUUUUUUGUGAAAAAAUUUUUGGUUUUUUGUUUACAUAAAAAAGAAAAAACUAUAAUUUUUGGUAUUUUUUUUUGGAAAAAUCCUAAAUUUUCAGAAAUAAAGGCUACAAAAAUUUUCUUUUUGGUAUUUUUUAAUUUUUAUUUUUUUAAAUUUUACAAAAACAAUAUUUUUAAAAUCUUUUUGGGCAAAAAUAAAAUUUCCAAAUUUUACGUUUUUUUCAUAAAUUUCAUUAAUUUUUUUAUUCGAUUUCCCUAAUUUUCUCACAAAAUCCCUCCUUUUGGACUCUCGACCUCCUCACUGUUCCAAAAACAGUUUCGGAACCGUUUUCUUUUUUUUUUGUAGGAACCAAGACUCCCAAAAAUAAAAGAAAUCUCAUCGAGAGCUUCUUGAGGAAACGAGCAAAUUCCCAGUGUUUCCGUAAAAUUCCGUAACAAAUUACUUGUGUGAAAAUCAUCAAAAACGAGAUUUCCUCUUGAGAUUUUUUUUUGGAUUUUGAAUGUCAGCAAACAUAUGGGUAGCAGUUGGAUUUGGAAUUUUCUUGAUGAUAUUUCAGAUAUUUUUAGGCGUCUUGAGGUGAAAGGUGUUCAAAAAGGUUGUUUGCAAAAGUUUAUCUAUUUUUUGGGUUGUUAGCGACAUCUUAUACGAUAAAUUGUGUGUUUGGAAAAAAAUUAUUUUUGAGUUUUUGUAAUUUUUUCUGAAAUUAUAAGCGUCUAUUAAAUUUACUGCCCUUUUUACUUACCUCUCCAAAAAAAAUUUGCCAAAAUUCCUCAAUAAUUUUAUUCAAAAAAAUAUUUUUUUUCUACUGUUUUGCCCUGUCCACAAGGAAAAGGAGCUUAGUUUCGCUAAUUGAAUAGCGCGGGUCCUUUGUUAUUUCGCUGGGUUCUAUUGUAAGUAAAAGCGUAAACCUUUGACUGGCCUGUGUGAAUGGACAUUGCGCGUGAGUUUGCGUUGGGAGAUGAGGGGAGAGAAAAGUCGAAAAAUUACCUUGUAAUUCCUUUGUUUUCCGGUUUAAUGAGGGUGCUGUCAUAAUUUUUUUGGGGUUUAAAAGUAAUGGUAAUAUAUUUUGAUAAAGCUUGUGAUGAAAUUAGAUCAAGAUUUUCGAAGAAAUACUAGCGAAUUUUAGGUCGAAAGUUGGCUAAAAUAAGACAUUUUUUGCGAAUUUUUUUAUAUAAACUUUCAUUUCUAUUCCCGCGGGCACCUUUUCCACAAAAAAAAUAACUUUUUUCUUCUCGAAAUUGGCAAAGAUAUGACCAAAACCCAUUAUUUUCUUUGGCUGCUCUCCGAAUUUUGCGCACUCUAUUGGCGGUAAAAAGUAGUUGAAUAUCUUGGCUGUAGGCCUAAAUUUUUGCGCUAAAAAAUUUUAAGCUAUAUCUGCAAGCUAAUAUUUUUUACAUUUCCAAUUUUCUCAGCAGCAAUCUUGCCACUCAAAAAAAUUCUUUUUGGUGAUAUAAUAAUUUCCUGAUCCCAUUAAACUCCAUCCCCACUUUUCCACCACAAUGAGCCCUUCCUCAUCUACUCCGGAAAGCGAUUUUUAUUCAGCGAUUUUUAUUGUCGCUUGGGUGGCGAAUGAAAAAAAAAUCGACAAGUCUCUUUAUAACGUUGUGGGGAUGAAUGAAGCGGAUCUCCCAUUCAAUUGUUUAUGUUCGUUUAACGCGUUUAAUGUUGCAAUACGGAUUCGUUUCGGCGAAGGGGUUUUAUUGACGAAAUUUGUCGCUGGAUGCGUUAAGCCGCUCGUCCGCCCGACACUUUCCGUUGAUCGACUGCGCCUGCGGGUUAAUUUUAAUGGGCUUUGGUGGGGCAGUUAUAGGCUUAGCGGGAAGGUUGAGUGUUGGUUUUGGGUUCAAAUAGUCCUAUUUUGAAAGCAGCCAAAUAUGUUUUUUCUGGCCUUCUGUGACUCUAUGGCCAAUAUAAUUGAAGUUGAAGUUGCUUUAGAUGGUCUUUACUGUAUAUGGAUUAGUCUUUUAGUCAUUCAUGUAUGACAAUGCAUUGCUGGACGUAUUUUACCCUUUGUUUUCUUUAGCAGUUUUACAGCAUUGACUUUCAAUUAUGUCUAUGCCAUAUUUUAAUCCUAGAAAAGUUGACUCCUGCUUUCCCAGCAUACCCAAUAUAUUCAACAAUUUUUGCCUACCAGAGACUCUGGAAAAUGAGGAGGGACGGUCAGAGAAACCAGGGGUUUCUUUUUUUUUUGAUUCUCUGCGAAUAUGUCGUGGGAAAAUGCUGCCUUUGGUAAGAAAUUGACUACCUACAUUGCAAAAAAUUGCCAAAUUUCAAUUUGCAUAAAAAAGAAGAAAACAAAUUUUCGGCGAUUUUCGAUAAAAAAAUCCGAGGAAUUUCAGCAACGCGUGGGCUGAAAAUCUUGAAUAUUGCUUAGAAAAUUAUGAUAUAAAUUUGUUCUAAAUGUCAUCAAGAUUAAAAUAUUUUAAAUUCUGAAAAUAACUCCAGUUUCUAAUUGCAUUGAAAUAUUCUUUUUCUUUUCCUCCCCCUCUCUCCCAACCCAUUCCCAAGAAAUCUGUCUUUGAUUUUUUAUGCACGUCCAAGAACGCUUAUACGAAUGGCCAAUGGCCAUUUGAUUUUCGUGUCAUCCCGCGUCGACGGCCAUCCAUGAAAAUCAGAAAAAGAAGAGAGAGAAAAAAGGGUUCAAAACCGCCGACACCUCGCUUCUUUCUCUGUUUUUUAUUCGCCUCCGUUCGGGGAGAAACAUGGCCAAAUCGCUGGCCAAAUCGCUUGUCCGACCAAAAAUUCUUUUUUAAUCCAAAUUCUAUCUUUUUAUCGGGAAUUUUUUUGUUUAAAAUUCGGGAUUUUUAAACUUUUUCGCUGAACAUUGUAAUAAAAAAUUGCUAUUGUCCGAAGAUUUAUUUAGCAACGGGGGAGAUUGUUUGAUUUAGAGUGUAAAAACAGGUAGUUUUUGGAUGAUCUUUCCGAGAAAACACUGGUUUUCAGUGGGAAAGUUGUUAAAAUUUAUGGUCUUUUCAGCGACACCUUAUUUAUAGAGGGGAACCCUCGGUAGAUACAUAUACAUAUAAUGGGGGUAAUGGGGUUAUCAUUGGGUGUUCAAGCUUGAAAUUUAAUGGCCAUUAAAUGGUAUAUUUUUUGGUAUGGUAUGUUAUGAAAGAUACCAGAAGGGUAAUUUCGAUGUAUACAUAUAUUUUUUGCGCACACGGUGGAUAGAAAGUCAUGUGAGAAAGUUUCCGCAGAGAUGGCGGCCAAUUUGCAAGACCUCCCCAAAUCCUUUCGCUUAUCCGGUGAAAUAGCAAUCUUUACCUGCACGACUCUUCAAUUUACUCAUCCGAAACAACAAUGACAGGGUAUUACGCAACACUUUUCGCUUAAUUUCUUUUUCCGUUCGUUAAAACGAGCUUCAAUUAUCGCUUUCCAUUCCUUGAGGGAGGGGAUAUCCGAGUUGGUUCUUUCCGACUCUAAUCCAAUGAGUUUCUUUUUUUGAUCUUGACAGGGAGAGUCUAAAAAGUGCGACGUUCAGACUUUGAUCAGACUUGGCACAGGUUUAGAAUAAAUUUUCGUAUAAGGUAUGAAAGACUCCUAGCUUGCGCUUUGCAAAAAACGGAAUGAUUUUUAGGUCGAUAGUUAGUGAAAAUGCGAUUUUUUUGGCGAAUUGUGGCACGAUAAGUUUCAUAUCUAUUUUUCUUUUUAUACCGUGGUACUAUUUCAAAAAAAAUCAUUUUGCCUCCGGCCUAAGCUGGUAAUAAUAUGGUCAAAAAGAGUUCUUCUCUGUGACCGAUUUCAGCGUUUUACAGUCGGCCGCAGUGAUCGUUGAAUAUCUCGGCGGCCCUUGCAAAGCGCAAGCUUAAAUUUACUGGGAUUAAUAUGUGGCUUACACCCUAAACAUGUGCCAAAUUUAAAGAAAGUUUGAGCGAUGCAGUGGUGGUACUUCACUUGUAAAUUUUGAGGAUACAACGGAGUGGAAGAAGGAUUUUGUAAAGCAUAUUGUAGAGAUCUUGCAACAUGAUGGCCUCGAUUACUAGCUUACCAAGUUUUACCAAAACACGACUCGUAUAACCUUUCAAAUUUUUAUCAUUUCAAAUUUUUCCUCUAUACUUUUCAACACCACUCUCGUAUGUCCACAAUCCUUUCCCCACCCCUUCAACAGGUCAUUCCUCCGGCUCCAUUCGGCUGAAUAAUCCCAUAAUUUGUUUUCGCCCGCAUUUCGAAGCCACGCUUUUGGAUAAUUUAUUGGAUGCAGAUGUCCUAGAGCAAUCCCUUUCCCCCCUCUUUUCUCUCCAUGUUUGGUCAUUUUCACGGCUUUCAAAAUCUUGCCGAAGGCUCUUUAAAAUUUCGUGAAGACGAUCGCCUCGCUUUUCAAAACAUUCGGCCCUUAGGGCUUUGUUUAUAAGGCGUUUAAAACCGCUCUUCGGAGGAAUGAAGGGCUUUCAGGGCCAAAUAAACGCUGGAAUUUGCCGAAAAAUGCCUUAGGGGAUUAGAGAAAAAUUUACGGCUUAUUGUUUGGCAAGGUUCCAAGGAUUUGUGGCAAAAAGUUUUGUGUUUCGAAAGCAAAAAUAUUUCGGAUAAAACGGGAUUUUUUUAUUUUUUGCUUUUUUAUGUUUUAAAUAUUUUAAUUGUUCUUAUAAUUUCUUUUGUUUGAGCAAAAUACAAUAAUUGUUUUUUUGCAGAAUUACUUCCCCGAGCCAGUCCACGUCAUCUUCCUUUUGAAGCCGGAAGGCGUUCUUCAACGAGCUCUCGAGGUCGGCUACAGGAACUUCACCGAAAACGGACAAUACAACGUGAGUUUGGGGGUGAAAAUACGGGAAAAUACGGGAUAAGUGAACGAUAUGAAAUUUUUAAAUUUUUACGUUUUUUUUUGAAAAAAUAAAAAUAAUAUUUUAAAAUAGUUAUAUUUUUUUUAAUUUUGCAAAAUUUACCAACAAAUUUUAUAACAUCAAAAAAAAAAUGUGUUGACCUUUAAAAAGACUGAUAAUUAAUUGCCUGCUGAACCGAGUUUCGUUAAUGUUGCGUAACCUCUUCUUCUGAAGGCCGUGCCGUUUUUCCGACUAAUUUUUUCCAAUUUUCGCCGGAUUCGCGUGAAAAUUCGGAUUCAACGGGCGAAAAGGUUUUUUGACAGCUGCGUUAAUUAAGGCUUUUAGAUAAAAAAAUUUUAUAAAAAUUGUGUAAAAUACGAAAAAUAAUUUUUCAAAAUUUUUUUCAUCGUAUAACAUGUCGCUUAGAUGUAAAACACAUUGCGAGGAUCAUAGAUGUUUCAAAAUCUUUUUUUUUUGUUUUUUUGACGAAAUUUUUUUUUGAAAUUUUGCGUAUAAAAUGUCACCCAGACAACAAAAUCGCUGACAAAUCAUUCUCAAAAGACAUUAAAGUUUUGUACUCUAAUUGAGACCCCUCAGAUGCCUAAUUUUGUAUCCAUUUUUGUUUAUUUCCCCGGAAUUCCGAGACUUUUCCCCCCUUAUAAAUAAUUGUUUUUGUUUUAGACACGUCAAGAGACGGAUCAGCUCUUUUUUUGCUUGUCUUUCCAUAAUUGCUGUCCUCUAAAACGCCUUAUGUUCCGUGGAUCCGUUUUUCUUUCCUCUGGGGGGGGGAAAACGGAAAAAUUGAACGGUUUCUCGGAGGGAAUAAUUGGUGUGCUCUGUGACGCCAUAAUUUUCGGGUGUUAACGGAUCUGUCUAUAGUGGAAGUUCAAAAAAGAUAUUUGGAUUUGCCCUUAGGGGGCAAACGGAAAUUUUGCAGAGGGUGGAACGCUUAGAUACUGUAGUUAGAAUACUUUUUUUAAACAAAAUAAUAAAAAAAAGAUUUUUUUUGAAGGAAAACUUAAAACCAUUUUUUUUCUAUUUUCCCUUAGGCAAUCAGCCCCGCUGAUAUCUUACAAGGAAAGUACUUUUAUGGGGGCUCCUACUUUUUGACCGGACAUAUCUCAAAAAAUCAGAAAAAAUGUGCUGAUCAAGGAUAUAUAAAUCUUAGCUGCCCAUUUUAGGUUUUUAGGGGUGAAAAUUCCCAAAAACUGGCUUAAUUUCCCUACAAAAGGCGCAGCACGUCAAGAAAAAAUAAAACAAAAGCGCUCAAGCAAUGAAAAAUUCUUGGCAUUCUGUUUGAUCUCAAAGACAAUUUUUUGCUCCAAAGAUAGCCUGAUUACACGAUGAAGAUGGGGUAGAAUGGGGUUAUUGCAUACAUAAAUUUGAAGCUGGGCUCCUGCUUAACCUGAACAUAUAUAUUUCAUAUAAAAAAUCAGUCGUCUUCUAUCUGUUUGAAGCCUAAACUAACAACGCCUAAAAAAUGUUGCGAUUUCGAUGAUUUCUCUAAGAUUUUCCCUCGCCCCUAUUUGAAGUUUCGUGGAAACAUAGUCUGGAACAAGGCGGAUUUUUUGAGCCUAAAACGAAAAAAAUCAAAUGAGCCAGUUUCGAGAUAGAAAAUCUCUUCAUUUUGCGCAAUAUUUCGCCUUUCCUCUGACCUCGUCCAAAAAAACUGUCAUUGAGACGGAUUUUUUGGACACUUCCGUAAGCGGAAACAGAAUGCCAACUUUCGUGUUGAGAGAUAACCCUUUGAGCGCAAAAUCUUGACGUGCGCAGGCAUUCGAAACGAUAAAAAGCGCAGUCGGUCUCUUCCUUCGGAAGAGGGCGGUGUGGCCGAGUGGUAAGUGCCGUAGUCUGGGAAUCAAGAGGGGGAACGCCGCACGGGUUCGAUUUCCCUUUUGGGCCGAAUCAACUUUUUUUGGAGAUGAAGGUCGGAAAAAUAAAUUUUUGUGCCAAGAUUGAUUUAUUACGUUUUAGAAACCCAAUAAACAUCAUUUUAAGCCAAAAUAAAAAUUGCAAACCUGUGAAAAAUUAAGCGAAAAGGGGUUUAUAUAGGACUUUAAGUCAACUUCCGAUUGAGUUUUCACCCCUAAAAACCUAAAAUGGGCAGCUAAGAUUUAUAUAUCCUUGAUCAGCACAUUUUUUUUGAUUUUUUGAGAUAUGUCCCGUCAAAAAGUAGGAGCCCCCAUAAAAGUACUUUCCUUGUUAAAUUUUACUUAGGAUACCCUAAGAAAUUCUGAGAUUACUUAUUGAUUUCCGCAGUGAAAUUAUGACAUAUUUUUUUUGACAAUUAAAAAUUUUCUUUCAAAAUUUUGGCCCUCAAAACUAAAUCGAUUCUUCUCCAUCUCGCCUUAGGCGGUUGGCAACAAAAAUUUUGUUUUUAUUGUACUAUAGUAUCCUCAUUAUAAAAAUGCUAUCAACAAUUUUCAAAACGAUCAAGGUUUUUCAAAAUUCCACUUACAUUAUACAUUACAGAUCAUGUAAAUCAACUUUCCCAAUAAAAUCCAAGAAGAAUCUCUUUGAUGUGUUUGUUAUGGCUGAGUUGUUUACAUCCCGAGUUGUUUUUCAGGUUGUGCCUUGUCAGAGUACGACAGAAUUGCGGGACUUCCUCGGUCAGGACUGCCUCACCAUGGAUGUUGGCGGGAUCCUCAAAUACAACCACUUGGAGUGGGUUCAGCACCGAAUGGUGGGUGAAAGUUUUCGUGUUAAUAAAUGUUUUUUAAUGUACAGAAUUUUAAAAUACGAUCUGAAAAAGGGAAGAAAACUUUUUUUUUGCUUUUUGAGCAUAAAGUUUCCUUGAGGGCUCAAAAAUAAUUUUCUGAUUUUUUCAUCAUUAUUUUUUAAAAUUUUCUAACUUUUUUCGGCAUAAAAAUUUCAAAUUUAACUGUAAAUUUGUUUUCAGGACAUUGAGCGAAUGAAAAGUUCGGCGGCAGUAAUUGCGGAAAGCCUAAGUGAAUUUGGCCGUUGUUUACGCGAAACCGAGCUUCCGAACGAUGUCGAGUCCACGCAACGGAUCCUGGAAGCACAAACUGCCGAGAGGGACGCAAUCAAAGUGAGUUCUUUUUACUUUUUUUACUUUUUUUUGCUUUUCAAAUCAAUUUUAAGUAACAUUUUUUUUUAUUCUAAAAAUUAUACGAAAUAUUAAUAUUUUGAUAUUAUUUUGAAUCGUAGUAAAUGUCGUAUUUUACCAAAGAUUUUAUCGUUCUCUAAGGAAUUUCAACACAAAAUUUUGUUAUAUUUUAUUUCGUUUUUUUGAUUCUAAAGGAAUUUGACAUGAAUAAAACCCUAGAGAGAGAUACAUUAUACAAAAAGAAGCGGAGAAAGUUGUUUAUCAACUGACCGUCGGAGAAAAAGUAACGUCAAGUUUUUGUUACAAUGGUUUUUCGUUUCGAUGAGAAAGCUUUUUUGUAUACAUGAUAUAAUAUUUUAUUAUUUUUUGUAGGAAAUUACUUUUUUGAAUUUUUCGAAAAAAUAAAUUUUUCUAUGGAAAACGUAUUUUAAAAAUAAUUUUUUUGAAAAUUUUGCUAUUUUUACGACACUCUCUAGAAUAUCGUCGCCAAAUUCUGUUAAAAUUAAAAAUUGAAUUUUUGAAGAAUUCAGUUUUUUUCAAACAAAAAAUUUAUUUGAAAUUCCAGGAAGACUUCCGUAUUUCCAUCCGCAAGGGUCUCCAACUUCUCCGACAAGUCCGACAGCUCGAACAGAAGCCGGAGGCGGAACAGCUGAGCCCCACACGGCUGCACAACGUGACCGCCAUCGAGCGGAUGCUGAUUCAGCUCGAGGACACGGAGAAGUCAUUUGACGCGUUCUGGUCCAAACAUCAACAGAAGCUGGAGAACUGCCUGAAGUUGAGGCGCUUCGAGGAGGGCUUCCGGAAGGUGGGUUACUGUAGUUUUAGGAGAGGGUUUUUGGAAGGCUCUAACAGGGGAAGUACUCCAAGUGCGACGCUCAGAUUUCGAUGAAACUUGGCACAAAUUUAGAACAUUUUUUUCAAAAAUAUAUGCGAGACUCCUAGCUCGCGCUUUGCAGAAACAACCGAGCUUUUUAGGUCGAAAGUCGGCCAAAAUUUAGGACUUUUUGCCGAAUUUCGGCACAAAAAGUUUCAUGCCUGUUUCUACCGUAAAGGAUAAUGUUUCUACAAAAAAUCAAAAUUUUCCGCACGAAACUGCCAAAGUUAUGGCCAAAAAGCCCUUUUCUCUCUGACCGCUCUCCACGUUCAGCGUGCUCUUUCGGCGGCAAAAAUCGUUCGAUACCUCGGCGGCGCCCGCAAAGCGCGAGCUAAAACUUUCAGGAAUUUAUAUUUAGUUCAUACCCGACGGGUGUGCAAAAUUGAAAGAAAAUCUGAGCGUCGCAUUUGGAGUACUUCCCCUGUCAAAUUCUAUAUCUAAAUUUUCAAGUUAAAAUUUGAAGGUAAGAGCCUCAAAAUUUUGAUUUGCAUUGUAAAAAAAAUUAUCUUCCAUAAAAAUCAAAAUUUCAUUCUUGUCAAUGACGUCACUUUCGAUUCCCAAACGUCUGAAUCGAAUUUAUUUUUAUGGCCAUUUUUAUUUUCACUUUUCCAUAUGGAAAUUUCGAAAGGGCCGUGGAUUAAAAAUCUGUGCUCUUCGAAUGACUGUUGUUUGGGUGAUUCAAGGGAAUCAAAAUACCAAAAGAAAAUAAUUUUGAGUAAGCGGUCAAAGGCGGCUGGAAAGGUGCGGUUAUGGACCGAAAAAGGCGAGAUCUGUCUUGAUUUUUUUUGAGUAAAAACUUGGUUAGUUUAAUAUAACUCUAAUUUCUUUCCAAAUUCAACAAAAGUUGGCAAAAAUUGAGAAAAUUUUUAGUCUAAAUUUAUGCCAGAAUUCACUCAAAUCCGAUAGAUUUGCGCUCAAAAAUCAUUUUCAAAACAAAAAGAGUGCUUUCUCCCUCUAAUUCUUUUUUGUUUUCUCCAUUUUGCGUCGGAGACAACAAGACAAAAGUCGUCGGUAUUCCAAACAGAACCUUUCAAUUAUGUUACGAUCUCCUUUUCGGAACAAGAGACAAGAGGAGGGCUAAAUUGGCCAAAUUUCUUCCCUUUUUGACCGUGAAUUCCGGGGUUCUACGUUGUUUGCUGUUUUCAGGAAGUGUUUUUUUUCGUUUUUGUAAAGUAAAGUGCAGAAAAUGUGUUUGCAAAAGGAGAUCGGAAGUUGUGCCGUAUUUUAUGCGUAAAUAUUAUUGCUAGUAGAAUUUAAAAUCAUCAUUUUUCUAUCUAUAAAUUACCAACAAGGCGAACCAAAAUUUUUUUUCGAUUUUUUAUAAAAAUUUUUUUGUAAUUUAUAUGCCUUUUUUAAAUCAUCAGUCUGUCGGAAAAAUAAUGAGAAUAUUGUCGCUGCGCCGAUCGCGUCGCUGAAGUGAAAAGCAACUUCAUUUUCCCAGCAGCGAUGCAAAUUUUCGAUUCAAAAGAUUUGCUCAUUAUUUUCCCGACAGGCUGAUAUCCUAGCCUAUUUUGUCCAAAAUUUUAUCUACAGACAUAAUUUUUUUGGCACUUCCUCUGAAAAAACAUUUUUUUCAACUCUUCAAAUUUUUUUAUGAUUUGAGCUGCUUCUACAUAUAAGUAUCUCAAAUCUUCAUAAAUAUCCUAUUUGCCACCCUCUUUCCCCUCUUUACCGAUGAAAAACCCAUCAUACCGACACCUGUAAGCGCUUCCUUCAAAAGGAUUUAAAAAAGUUCAUUCGGAAGCUCUUAUCCCCUCCAGAAAUCCACUCCUCUCCUUUCUCCUGCGCCCUGAAUAACCUGAAAGAAGGGAAAUAAUCUGAGGAUCCGCAAAUGCCCUCAGGUAUCUUCACUUUUUUCGGAAUUAAUAACCGAAUUAGCGCCGUCUCUUCUCCAUUAUUUUGCGCUGUAAACGUGGGAAGAGUGGGGUUGAAAGGGGGUGAGAAAAUUAAGACGUUUUAAAGAGUAGCUUCAUAAAUUCGAUUUUAAUUUUUGUAGGGGCGAAUUGAAGAAAAAGGGAACAGUAUUAUUAUUGUAAUACCAUUGGGUUGAGAAGACAGAAAACAGUUGAAAGUAGGUGUUUUUUUGGGAAUAGGGCAAAGGCGGGCUAAUUGUUUGAUUAGAAGAUUUUAAAAUACGAAGAUUAGAUUUUGAUAAAGCUUUGUAAAAAUUAAGGUCCUAAGUUUCUAACAAGAUAAUGUGAGGGUUUUUAUCUCGUAAUUUAAAGAAGUUAUCGCGGGCUGAACUCAGACUUUGAUUAGAGGCUAUAGCUUCAUAAACCACUUGUCAAAUUUUGAGCCCCGGGGCCAAUGCGCUAUCUGAAGGUUUGCGGAAAAUCAUAGGGCGCAGCUCGGAGAAUUUGCACGGGCGCAGUUCGAAAACAAGCCUAAACUUAGCUCCGGCGAGCCGCGAAACGUUGUUUUCCGAGCUGCGCCCUACCAUUUUCAGCUAACUUUCAGCAAACUUUCAGAUAGCUCAUUGGCCCCCGGUUUUUUUGAUGCAAAAGAAAUUCCAUAAAGUGGUCCAAAAUUCAGUAACUUGCGUUACUUUAGCCCUUGAUUUUUAUAGUCCCAGGUUCGAAAGAAAACUCUUUAUUUUUGUGUCCGUCUCUCUUCAUCUUACAUGGUCUAUUUUCUGCAAAGAACGUUGAAUAUCUUGGCUAUGAUUGGAAAGAAAAAUUUAAAAUUUUUACCGACCAAUAACCGCUCUAUGUAUACUCCUUUCAUAGUCAUUUUAUAGCUUCAUUACGUAGAACACAGAUUCAUAAUAUGAAAAUUAUGAGAACGGUGUUCUAAGGCUCUGUAUAAUUCCCACUGCAAGCGCCUUGCUGCUAUCAGUUAUCCCCUCGAAAAUGAAACUUGAUUACUUUUUCGAACCGAGUUUAUUUUUUCGCUUUAUGUUUUUCGAUAAAGUCUAUUCCUCGGGGACAACAGCCCGGUUAUGCAUCGCUUCGCAUUCUCACUUUUUUUUGAAUUUAUAAUUCGGACUCACAGGUGUCGGAAAAGUAACGUUCCCAAACCCAAAUCGAAACGACGACUUUUCUUUUGCUCACUUUUUUACUAUUUUUUGCAAAUUUCAGGAAGUGUAGAAAACUUGGAUGAAAGUUUUUGAACAAAUCAAAAGAUUUUUUUAUUUAGCAGCUGAAAUUUUAAUUUUUGCUUUUCAAUUUGGAAAUCUUCUUAAGAAAACUUGGCUCGAAUUUAGAUUAGAAUCUUCUAACACAUAUUCGAGAUUUUUAUCGUUCGAUUUGAAGAAAACAUCAAGGAUUUUUUGAGGGGAAACUUUUUAAAUUUCGAGAAGAUGACUUGUUUUGGAAUUUUUAACGGGCAUUGAAACAGUUGCUUAGAUUUGAAUAUUUGAGAAUAAGAUUAGAGAAAUUUAACGACUGUUUAUGAUAGUUCAACUAUUUUUUUCUCAGGUUUUUGUCGAAUAUUUGAUAAAAUUUUGACACUUUUUAUCGAAAAUAUGGAAAAAAGUGAAAUUUUACUAAAAUUUUUAGAGAAUAACUGAAAAAUAAGUGAUUUUAUGGCUUAAUAAUACCUUGAAAUACUGCUAAAAUGAUUGGUUAAGAUUCCGUCUUCUCUUUAUCACCUAUUUUUCCAACCAUUUCUUCCUCCAUGAUCCACAAAAUACGUCAAAAAACUUUAACUUCAGGAUAGGCCUAGUCAAUCUCCCUAAAUAAAUUGUCAUCAUAAGUUUUAUUUCGGGAAAGGUCUACGUGUUCCCUUCAGGUGUAUUGGCCCUUCUGAUUAUUGUUUUUCGAGGGUUAUUCCGGACCAGGCCCGGCGCUUUAUUUGCACAAGUGAUCUGCCCUCCAGGCCUGUGUUUAUGAUGAUUUAAUAUCGAGAAAUAGGGGUGAGGCUGGUCGUUAAUAUUUUUGUUAAUAUUUUAUUUUUUAUUUUUUUUGGGGUUAUGUCAUUUUUGAGAAAUUAAAAGGGCAAAGAAAAGAAAUUAUUAUUGUGGGAUACCUUAAUAUUAAAAAUAAAAAAAAAAUAGUAGUUUUUGGCUUACUUAGUGUGAUUUUGCUACUUUAAGUCCGGAAUUUUAUGAAAAAAAGAUAAAAAAAUAAUUUUUUGGCACCAUAUUGGGUAUUUUUAAGAUUUAUUUUUUUCCAAAAUCCAACAUAUUUUUUGUAACAAAAUUUUUCCCAAGCCCAUUAAAAACUCGCAGAAACUCCCUCAAGGGCCCUUUAAGAUCAUGAAAAUCCCCAAUAAAUUGGCCCUUGAGGACUGGGGCAUGUUUUCUCAAGCCCAGCCGCGAAUAAAGACACAUUUUCGCACUGCCCAAUGGCCAUUCCAGCCGGAAAUACGCCCUCGAAGGCCCGACGUUUAAGUGGAUUUCAUUGUGUGCAUGAGAAAAAUGGGUCCCGAAUAUUUUCGCAUUUUCAAUAUUAACACCAUUUUCAUAGGCUAAAACGCUGGUUUUUGCUGUGGGUAUGGGAUUUUUCAAGGGAAAAAUUUUGUUUUUUUUGCGAUUUAACUGAUUUUCUGACAAUUUUUAUCUAAAAAAUCUAUGUCAAAAUUUAAAAAAAAAUGAAAAAUCCAAAAAAAACCGAAAUUAGAAAAAAUUAAAAUUUCCAUUUUUUCUAUGAUUUAUGGCCAUCCCACAUGCCAUCGAGUCGUAGUGGACGUUUUUGUCCCCACCCCGGUUUUGUCCCCAAGACGGUUUUGUCCCCAGGACGUUUUUGUCCCCACUUUUUUCGAGCCUUUUUGUCCCCAGACCGGUUUUGUCCCCAGGACGUUUUUGUCCCCAAGACGUUUUUGUCCCCAGUUUUUUUAUUUUUUUGUCCCCACACCGGUUUUGUCCCCAGGACGUUUUUGUCCCCAAGCUGGAUAGUACGAUUAAAAAUUAUGCAUUCAGAUGUUAAUGCUGUUGGUUUGGUGCACAGUACUGCUCAAACAACUUGUUCUUAGUGCUUGGUACUGUAUAGUACGAGGUGGUACUAUAUAGCACGAGGUAAAAAUUAAGCCAUAACACGUCAAUGCUAUGGGUUUGAAGCCCAGUACUUCUCAAAAAUGUGUUUUAGCACAUGGUACUAUAUAGCACGAAUUUGUUUUUGCACAAAAUGAACGUCUGAUCAGUACUGCAUACCAAAACUACGUCAUUCACGCGUUAUAGCUUAAUUUUUACCUCGUGCUCUAUAGUACCACCUUGUACUAUGCAGUACCAAGUGCUAAGUACAUGUUGUUUGAGCAGUACUGUGCACCAAACCAACAGCAUUAACAUCUGAAUGCAUAAUUUAUGAUUGUACUAUCCAGCUUGAGGACAAAAACGUCCUGGGGACAAAACCGGUGUGGGGACAAAAAAAUAAAAAAAGUGGGGACAAAAACGUCUUGGGGACAAAACCGUCCUGGGGACAAAACCGGUCUGGGGACAAAAAGGCUCGAAAAAAGUGGGGACAAAAACGUCUUGGGGACAAAACCGUCCUGGGGACAAAACCGGUCUGGGGACAAAAAGGCUCGAAAAAAGUGGGGACAAAAACGUCCUGGGGACAAAACCGUCUUGGGGACAAAACCGGGGUGGGGACAAAACCGGGCCCAAUCCAUCGAGUCCAUUAGUCAUAGCCAAAUUAUUCGCGACCACCUCAUUUAUUCCGUCUUUUUUCUUCGAUUUAUUUCUCGCAUAUGCUGGCGAUAUUUCGGCAUGAUCUCGCUUUUCCUUCCUUAUAUCCCUCUUUUUGUGGGUAUAACCCUUGACCUCAUAACCCAAACAUGUCUCGCAUUCCUUUAUGUCGAUCUAUCAUCCAUACGGAAGGGGUUUUUGUUUGUUUUGAGGGAGGUUUUGGCACUUUUCGGGAAGUUUUUGAAGAAAAAAAGUUGAAACAAAAUUUUUUUUUAUCAAUGUUGUAGCGGGCCGUUAAAAUUUUGAAAUUAAGGAUUAAAUUAGAAAAAGUGUCUUAAAUUAAUUUUUACCUUGUUUCUGGCUAAUUUUCAGUUUUUUUGACGGCUUGAAACAGAAUGCCAGAAAUAUCUAAAAAUGGCGGGAAAUUUGAAUUUUAAAAAAAUAAGUGUGGAAACCGAUGGUUUAUCAAUUUAUAUGAUAGUCUGCAAAAUUUCCAGCCAAAAUUUGUAGGGCAAAUUUCAGAAAGAUACGAUUUUUUGACAAAACUUUUCGUCUUCUUGCCGAACAUGGCAAAAUUAUGGCUUUGCGUUAAUUUUAAAGUUUGAAAACACACUCUAACUUGCCUUUCGGACCUCUCUAUCGACUUUUGGAGCCUUUCCAAAAAACGUUUCCCCAGACUCCGAAUCCAUUUGAUUUGUUUAUCAAAAAAAUGAGAUUCCCGUUCAUAUUUGACAACGUUUUUUUUUCUAACCCUCCCAUUUUCCAGCUGCAAUCCUCGUUCGCGAAACACAUGAUCUAUCUGGAGGAGCAUCGGGACGUUGGCGACGGCGUGGAGAAGGCGCGCAAGUUGGCCGAGGACCACGACGAAUACGCCGAGACGGCGAUGAGCGACGUCCAAGCGGCCCGCGAUCUUCACUCGCGCGGUGAAAUGUUGUCCGCCGAGGGGGCGGACGGGCAAUUGUCGGACAGUUUGGCGCCCAAAUGCGAGGAGUUGAGUCGGAUGGCGGACGCGCUGACGUCGGCGUUGGAUCGGCGGGCGCAAGUGCUGAGGCUGAGCGUGAAUAUGCAUCGACAAAUCAGCGAGGUAAGGUGACAUUCAAAGUUAUUUUUUUUGGGACGUUUUCGUUCGAAUUUGAUAUAAAAAUUUUGUGAAACUGCAAGUCAUCAACAUUUUGACUGCUUAAAAAUUCCAUUUCUUCAAAAUAAGCUCAAUUUCCCUUCAAUUCCUCUUCCAUAUUCCCCAUAUUCCCCAUAACCUUGCGUGCCAUGUGUCCGUAAUCCGGCUUGUAAUCCCAUUCUUCCUUUAUUUGCCUUUCCCUACGCUUCAAAAGAUGGGAUCUAGGUCCUUGAACCGGGCUCGUUCCUUUCGCUACACAAGAAAGAACGAGAGAGCAAGCUCAUUUGCGGCAAUUUAGGAUGUCCGCCUAAUUUCUCCCCUCUUCUUCUGGCCCUUUUAUCCGGGCCGAAGACAAAUUAGCAUACCGGAGAUUUAUGGCCACAAGGCACGAUGUUGCGGGUUUCUGGGGGGUUUCUAUAGGGAGAAUUGAAAAUAGGAGGAGCAGAAGGGAGGAUGAGGUUGGGGAAGAGGGGAUUUGUCAAAACUUGGGAUUUCGAGGGGGUAAUUUAGAGGCUGGGAUACGAAAGUAGGCCACAAAAAUAGUUACGGAGACCUCUGCGAAGACUCUAGAGUCCCAAUUUUGGCUGGCUUGGUUAUAAAUUUUUAUCAAAGUAGUUUAUAUGGGAAAUCUUUUAUUUUGCCUUUGGCGAGAUAUAAAAUGAAGUAAAUGUUUUUGAAAUACUUUUUGAGGAUGGUAAAGACGUUUUAUGUUAAAUUCGUCCCAGUCUUCUAAAAUUAGAGCCCAUGAUUUUUACAAGACGCUGAGAUAUUCAGCCAUCUUUGAAGACUUGAGGUUAGGACCGAUUCGGAGAAACAACAUGCCAAAAAUCAAUUUUAGGCUAUGACUGAUGACUUCUCCACUAAUUAUUUGGUUGUUUUCCGUAUCAGGAGUUAAUUUUUUGCAUGAAGUCCGCUUAGCUUCUCCCAGAAGCCGCUAAAAAUACGAGCUUUGAUAACCUUUUCGUCUCCAAGGGUCGUAAAAAAUAAAAAUCAAGAAAAGUUAAAAACAACCGUCGGAAAAGUCGACAGUCGUAAACUUGUCUGUUUACCCGUAUCAGUAGUGGUCAUUUUUAGUCAAAGCGUGAUCUUUAACGCAACUAGGAGUAAAAGAGGAAAGGAGGAGAAAAAUUAGGUGAUUUUUAAAUUUUAGUCGAAUUGAAAAAGUGGCAAAAAAUGAAAAUUUUAGAGGGUUUUCAUCACUCGGAUGGUCUGAAAAUUUUUUAAAAAAUCUUGUUGUUAACUUGCGAUUUAAAAAAAAAUUUUUUGGUGGUAUGGCCUUCAGUUUACUAGCUUUUUACUUUACAUAAAAUUUUAGAUUUAUUUGCCCCUAGGGUAACAUAAAUUCUUCUUUUAUUCCGCAACAAAUCCCCUUGUUUAUUUCUCUCAUCAUUUUCUCCUCCUCAUUUUUGAACCAGAGGAAACGGUUCUCAUUCUUGUAAAUCGUUUCCAGAAAUACAACCCAUAUGGCCGCAGCGGCCAUUUCGGUAUAAAAUCGGGGGGAAAAGAGAGAUUUUCCGGCAUUCUCCGAUUAAUUCUUGUGGGUCCUUUUGUUUACUCAAAUCGGGGAGAUUGUGGUCUUAAACCGGCAUUCGGAAUUGACCAAGCUUGGCCAGAGGGGGGUGAAAAUGAUAUUUUCCGGCUCAAUAAAGGUUUUUAUGGGGAUUGCGGGAGGUUUCUAUAUUAUACAUGCCAAAUAAAGAGUUAAUUUUUUAUUCAAAAAAUUGAAUUUUUGUCUGUUUUUCUUGGUUUUUUUGGGGUAACUGGAUAAUAGAUAGUAGUUAUAAAAACUACAAAUCAUUUUAAAGGAUUUUUAGUCCUCUUUUAUUAUCAAAAACCCCUAAAUUUUGCCCUUUUCUUACUUUUUCGGUUGUAAAAAUGUCAAAAAUUACACACCUCUCUUCUCUCUUUUCCUUUGGCGAUUUUUCGAACAUCUUGUUUAGACUAAAAAUGACCACUACUGAUAACAGUAAACAGACAUGUUUACGACCGUCCAUUCCCGUUUUAUCUUUUUGCUUUCUCGUUUUACGACCGUUGGAGACGAAAAGGUUAUCAAAAAUCGUAUUUUUAGAGGCUACUCGAUAGUAAUUUUGCUCUUAUUUUGAUUCUCAUUUCCUUGAGGUCCUUUGGAGUCGAAAUUUUUUGAUUUUUCUCAAGAAAAAUUUAAACCCCGAUCUAUUAAAGUCCCGCCAAAUGGGUUUGAAACGUCAAAAAUAAGCGUGAUCUUGAUUUAUUAGCCCCGAAAUUCGUGGGAUUUCUUGAUUUUUUGAAGCGAAACAAAAGAAAUUGAUCAAAAGCAAAAGGGUUUGGCACUUUCUGAACCAGUCUGUUUUUAUUCUUAGGGACUUUUUGCAAUUAAAUUUUUUUUAUUUUCUGAAAAAAAUAAAAAUUUUAAAAUUUCAUUUUUUUGACUUUUCAGGCGACAACUUGGUGUCGGAAAGGCGUCGAGAUCCUCAGCAAUAUCCCAUUGGAAUUGAACAAUUCUGCAGCGACCUCUUCGGCAAAGGGUUUGGACGAGUUUCUGGCAGAAGGAGCCAAUUUACAGGUAAAGAAAUGGUUGUAAAAUACGUGCUCGAUUUUCUCAUCUUUUUCCAAAAAAUGAUUUUUUGCGGGAAAAAUUACUUCUCGCUUCAAAUAAAAUAUUAAUUUUUGAGCAUAAACUAAAAAAAAUGAAAUUUCUCAAAAAAAAAAAAAAAAAGAAAAAAAAUGAAAAUUUUCCCUAAAAAUCUCAUUUUUUGCCAGAAUUUUAUCAAAAUUUUACUUUUUCAAAAUUUUCAUAAACUCAAGGAAAAUAAAAAAAUCUUAAUUAAAUUAAUCUUCAGCUUGACGCCUUCAACCAGAUGCCUCCCAACAUGACCAACCUCAUUUUGCUGACCACCACCGAGACCUCCAGUCUUUUGGCGCAUGUGGCCGAGCGAAUUGAGGACAUCAAAAAGCUCGGCUUCGCCCGAAAAGAGGCCUUGCAAAGGAUUGUCGAAAGAGACAGUAAUAAUAAGAAACCAGUUCAGGUGGUCAGUCCGGAGAAGGCCAGCAAAGUCAGACAUCCACAGCAGCCGAAUAGCCCGAAUAAGGUUGGUUUGAAAGUUUUUUGA